UCUCUCGCAAAGCCGCAGCCGAGUCCCGUGGGUUCGGGAAACUGUAGCCCCGCUCUCCGCGCGUCCCCGUCCCCCCGUGGCCCCGGCCCAGGCCAUGAAGCGCUUCUUCUCCUGCUCCAGCUCACAGGUGGCGGUGGAGAGAUGGAACCGCCGUGAUCAGAAGCUGCUGGAGGCGGUGCAGCGGGGGGAUGUGGGGCGCGUGGCGGCCCUGGCCUCGAGGAAGUCGGCCCGACCCACCAAGCUGAACUUGAAUGGCCAGUCCCCGUUCCAUCUGGCAGCCUCCAAAGGCCUGACAGAAUGUCUAACCAUACUGCUUGCGAACGGGGCUGACAUCAACAGCAAGAAUGAGGACGGCAGCACUGCCCUGCACCUGGCCACCAUCUCUUGCCAGCCACAAUGUGUCAAAGUCCUACUGCAGCAUGGUGCCAAUGAAGAUGCUGUGGAUGCAGAAAAUCGUAGUCCGUUGCACUGGGCAGCCUCCUCUGGCUGUGCUUCAAGUGUGCUCCUGCUGUGUGACCAUGAAGCCUUCCUGGACGUCCAAGAUAACGACGGAAGGACACCCCUGAUGAUCGCUUCGCUGGGUGGUCACGCAGCUAUCUGCUCACAGCUACUGCAGAGAGGUGCCCGAGUUAAUGUCACGGACAAGGACGACAAAUCGGCUCUGAUCCUGGCCUGUGAGAAAGGCAGCGCGGAGGUGACUGAACUGCUCCUGAGCCACGGAGCGGAUGCAGGGGCAGCGGACAUCAUGGGGCACGACGCUCUGCAUUAUGCUCUCUGCACCCAAGACGGGGCGCUGUGCCGGCUACUGCGGCAGGCUCUGAACCGGCGGGGGCAGCAGGGAGGUCAGGGGCUUGUUCAACAUCCAGAUCCUGCCUCCCAGGCCUCUCCAUGUGAGCCUCAGGAGGGUUCUCCACCUAAGAGCCCGGGGAGAGCCGAGCCCCGGGAGGAGCAGGACGAAGAGGAAGAGGAAGACCCAUGCUCAGAUGAGUGGAAAUGGAGGUAUGAAGAGGAGCAGAGGAAGGUUUCUCAGUUGGAGCAAGAGCUAGUGCGAAAGACUGAAGAGGCGAAGGCUCAAGCUGCAGCCUACCUGGGCCUGGAGAACCAGAUUCGAGAGCAAGCGCGGGAGCUGGGGCUCCUCCUAUCUCAAGAGCCUGGAGCUCUGGGAGGGCAGGGCUCCAGGGCCCGGCCCAGGGGAGACGGCAUGGAACAGGGCUGUCCCUUGGGCCUGCUGGCCGAGCGCAUUCAAGACCUAAGGAAGCAGCAGUGGGCAGCCAGGCUGGUAUCAGCGUCUAAGAAGGCUGGGGAUUCAGCCUCAGGGGCGACUCAGCGUGAAAGCCGCGGAAGGUUCCAGCCAGAAGACCAAGAGGCGCCCCAGAGCCCAAGGUGGGAGACCGCUGUGAGAGCCACAGGACAGCAGCUGAGCAGCAACGGGGGACAGGCCCCAGGGCCUGAGCAUACCGACAAGCCACCAGCCGGUCUGAAAGAGAGGCCCCAGGCGCCAGGGGCGGACCCAACAGGCACAGUGGCCGAGCCCGGGGCAGCCAUGACCCGGCUCCUGCUACAACUGAGUGAGGAGCUGGCUGCCGUGUGGCGAGAAAAGGAUGCUGCCUGGGGGGCUCUGUCCAGACCCGUCCUGGAGGGGGCUCUGGGGACGCCGCGGGCUGAGGCGGCAGCAGCUGCCUGGGAGAAGAUGGAGGCCAGGCUGGAGCAGGUGCUGGUGAGGCUGGAUCGGGCAAAGGCAGGAUUACAGGCCCCUGCCCAGGAGCCCAGACAGGGAGCCCCAAAGGCAGGCCCAGCGACCAUCCCCAAAGAGAAUGAAGGGAGGGAGAAGAGGGCUCCUGGGGCCCGCGGAGAGCCUCUGGGGGCCCCUGGAGGGGAACGGAUGCCCGGAGGAGGUCUGGCAAAGGGACAGCUGGAGAGGGAGGUCGCAGCCCUGAGACGGAGCAACGAUGACUUGCUGGAGGAGCUGGGGGAGCUGGGGCAGGAGAGGCAGCGGUUGCAGGGGGAGCUGCAGUCCCUGAGCCAGCGGCUGCAGCGGGAUUUCGUUCCCAAGCCAGAGGCGCAGGUCCAGCUGCAGCAGCUGCGGCGGAGUGUGGGGCUGCUGACGGAUGAACUGGCCAUGGAGAAGGAGGCCACCGAGAAGCUGCGGAAGCGCCUGGCCUCCCAGAGCAGUGGCCUCCAAGGGCUGUGGGACUCCCUGCCGCCAGACCUGGUGGGCAAGGCGGGCGCGGGGCGCGCGGCGGCGGAGCGCCUGGAGGAGCUGCAGGCCGGCAUCGGCGCCCUGGUGGAGCGGCACCGCGAGGCCGGGAAGGCGCUGGCUCGCCUGGAGGAGGAGAACCAGCAGCUGCGGGGGCCCCCCGCCCCACGCGGGCAGCCGGGCACCUUGUCGGAGGCCCCAGCACCCCUCCAGGUGGCCGCUCUGGAGCAAGACCUGGGGAAGCUGGAGGAAGAGCUGCGGGCCGUCCAGGCCACGAUGAGCGGGAAGAGCCAGGAGAUCGCGAAGCUGAAGCAGCUGCUCUACCAGGCCACCGAGGAAGUGGCCGAGCUGCGCGCCCGGGAGGCGGCCGGCCUGCGGCAGCACGAGAAAACUCGGGCCUCGCUGGUGGCCCAGGCCCAGGCUUGGGGCCAGGAGCUGAAGGCUCUGCUGGAGAAGUACAACGCGGCGCGCCGGGAGAUGCGGGAGCUGCGCGAGGCGGUGGCUGAGGAGCGCCGCCGCAGCGAGGACCUGGCGGCGCGCGCGGCCGAGCAGGAGCGCCAGGCCGCCGAGAUGCGCGCGCGCUCCCAGCAGUUUGAGAAGACCGCCGAGCAGUUCAAAGACAAGGUGGACCACCUCAUCGCGGCUUGCCGGGACAAGGAGGCCAAGAUCAAGGAAUUGUUGAAGAAGCUGGAGCAACUUUCAGCGGAGGUCUUAGCAGUUCGGGGAGAAAAUGCUCGCCUUGCCCUGCAGCUGCAGGAUUCCCAGAAGAACCACGAAGAGAUCAUCUCCACCUAUAGGAACCAUCUGCUGAAUGCUGCUCAGGGCUACAUGGAACAAGAUGUGUACAAUAUCUUGCUGCGCAUCCUCAGCAUCCAGGCGGAGUGAGGCGGCUGGUGCCCUGAGGGACGUGCGAGUUCUCUGUGGGAGUAAGAGCGUCCCUGGUUGCCAGAGGCUCCACCAGGCUGUGGAGGAGGGCGGGGCUGGGGGGGGGCAGGUGGUGGGGAUGGGGGCGUGGGGUUUCACCUGACAUUAUGGACCCCAGACCUGAGAACCUGAAGCCUGGAAUCAGCACUGAUGAGACCAGAGGAGGUGCACAUGGAGGCCAGCUCUAUGGAAAAUAAAGCAGGAGACAGUGUGGUGUUGGGUGUCAUGGUUUUCUCUGCUUAAAGGGGAGGGAGGGAAAGAAUCUUUUUCAUUCUCAUUCCUUUUUGAUCACAAAUGGCCCCAAAAGUCAGCAGCUUUCAA